GUCUGUCUGUCUGUCUGUCAGAGGGAGAAGAAGCGAGUCUUGUUUCUCUACAACCUGCUGAUCCAGCGACAGAUUUCCUCCCUUGACAGUGAAGGCACCACCAGCAGAGGCCAGCGGAGCAGGACUGUGAGUGGAGUCCUACGGAGGCUGAUUUCCCCCAGUGACAUUGAAGGCACCACCAGCGGAGGCCAGUGGAGCAGGACGGUGAGUGGAGUCCUACGGAGGCUGAUUUCCCCCAGUGACAUUGAAGGCACCACCAGCGGAGGCCAGUGGAGCAGGACGGUGUUUCAGCGUCUACGGCGCUACGGACGCCGUCUUUAUCGCCAUCUCCAGCAGGAAGUGUCGGACUCACAGCUUCACUCUGAGACAGAAUGGCUUCCAGAUCAGAGGAGGAUCUCUGCUGUCCGGUCUGUAGUGACGUCUUCAGAGAUCCUGUCGUUCUGACGUGUAGCCACAGCUUCUGUAAAGACUGUCUGCAGAGCUGGUGGACAGAGAAACCAACACAGGAGUGUCCAGUGUGUAACAGAAGAUCUUCAAGGGAUGAACCACCUUUAAACCGGGCGUUAAAGAACCUGUGUGAGGCCUUCAUACAGGAGAGAGAUCAGAGAUCUUCAGAGACUCUCUGCUGUCUGCACUCUGAGAAACUCAAACUCUUCUGUCUGGACCAUGAGUGGCCGGUGUGUGUCGUCUGCAGAGAUUCAGAAACACACACCAACCACAGAUUCAAACCCAUCGAUGAAGCUGCACGACAACACAGGGAGGAACUUCAGGAAACUCUGCAGCCUGUAAAGAAGAAGUUAAAAGUUUUUGAACAAGUAAAAGAGGAGUGUGAUAAAACAGCACAAAUUAUAAAAGUCCAGGCCCGACGCACAGAGAUGCAGAUUAGGGAUCAGUUUAAGAAGCUUCACCAGUUUCUAGAAGAGGAAGAGAAGGCCAGGAUGGCUGCACUGAGGGAGGAAGAGGAGCAGAAGAGUUGGAGGAUGAAGCAGAAGAUGGAAGCUCUGAGCAGAGAGAUAGCAGCUCUUUCAGACACAGUCAGAGCCACAGAGGAGCAGCUGAGAGCUGAAGACGUCUCAUUCCUGAUCUACUACAGGGCUGCAGAGGAAAGCGUCCUGCAGCGCCCCCUGCUGGAUGAUCCACAGCUGCUCCCAGGAGCUCUGAUAGAUGAGGCCAAACACCUGGGCAACCUGAGCUUCAACAUCUGGAACAAGAUGAAGGACAUGGUCUCCUACAGUCCUGUGAUCCUGGACCCAAACACUGCUCACCCAAAACUCAUCCUGUCUGGAGAUAUGACCAGUGUGAGACGAGUAGGAGAGACACAGCUGCUCCCUGAUAAUCCAGAGAGGUUUGAUGAUUACUGCUCUGUCCUGGGCUCUGAGGGCUUAAACUCAGGGACUCACAGCUGGGAUGUCUGGGUUGGAGACAGUGCAGACUGGGAACUGGGAGUGUUAGCAGAGUCCUUCCAAAGGAAGAGAUUCAUAGGGUCGGGAUUAUGGAGCAUAAUGUUCUCUCAAGGUAAAUGCUCAGCGUGGUCAUGGCUAGCGCGACCCACUGUUCUCAGAGUGCACGUGAAGCCCCAGAGGAUCAGAGUGACUCUGGACUGUAACAGAGGAAAGCUGUCGUUCUCUGAUCCUGAUACUAACACACACAUACACACCUUCAAACACACUUUCACUGAUAGACUGUUUCCAUACAUUUACACUGGGAAAGAACUCCCACUGGAGAUAUCACCACAGAAGGUCUGUGUGACAGUGGAACACAGCAGUUAAAGAUUUAGGGUCCUAUCUUGCACCCAGCGCGAAGCCCGAAGCCCGACCCAAGUGUCUUUGCUAGUUUAAGACCAACGCAGUUGUCAGGUUCCCGUCCAGCGCCCACGUUGU